GCACAGCCCGCACGCACCGCUGCCUGCUGGCGCUGCAGAUUGCUGCGAGAGGAUCCCGAGCAGUGAGUGAGGUGUCUCUAAUCUCGAUCUGUCAUCUGCUGCCAUAGACCGAAGGCGCCGUGUCGUGCUUCACCCCAUUGCUGGCAGGUGCUGCGUUCCCAGCUGAGCAGUCCAGAGGGAGCAGCUCGGUGCAGAACUGCCAUUUUAGCCACACGCUCAGCAGCUAUUGUUUUCCUCCAGAGAGAUCCUGAAAGCAUCGCACAGGUCCCGUGCCACAUUCGCGACUGUUCUCUUGAAUUUGCAACUAUUUGUUGAAAGAAAAUGUAACUGAAGCCAGGAAACAAGAAAGUUACCGAGCUAUGCUCGUGGUAACAAAUGAGCUAUUUUGGUUUUCUUUUCAGAAACAGUUGCACCUUUUACUCAGCUGUUUCUUUACGAAAUGAAUGAGUUUACCCAGUGGUCUACUGUCAAUCUAAUAAUAAUUCCUGUUGCCGCCCACUUUUGUCUUCUUUUUCUGCCACUUUUUUAUUUUUAUUUUUAUUCACCAUCCAGUAUGUUGUGCCUUAAAGCAAGGAAGUCUUCAUUUUUUUUUAAAGCUGCAAGGCAAAACUGGAUUGUAACACAAUGAAAAUGCUAGGUAGGAAAAACUGUGCAGGUGAAAACCACUGCCUUCCUGGGCUCACUCGGUGCGGUUUGCAUUUGCAUGUUAAAAGACUCGGAAAGAAGGAAAAGUGAAGGUAGCAGAUAGCUCAUCAAAGAUGUAGAUGAUGAAGAGGAGUUUUCCCCCCUCUGCCUUGGGAUCGAAUGUCUCUGUCACAGACCAGGGCAUUUCUCUAAGGAAAUGGAUAUGUCUACCCAAAAAUACCCGGUCAAAAAGCGAGUGAAAAUUCAUCCCAACACAGUAACAGUGAAAUACACUUCUCAUUAUCCCCAGCCAGGAGAAGAGGGAUGUGAGGAUGUUAAUGAAGAUACUGGAGUAUUUAUGGAGGAUAAUCCUAAGAGAAGACUACUGAAUGAUGGGAAAAAGCGAGAAAAGACUUUUUUUGGUACAAUAGACACUAAGCCAGCACAACUGCCAAAACCUGAUGAGGCUGGACAAUCCCAGCACUUUCCUGAAGGAAGCGUACUGCAGUCCAGGAAAACAUGGGCAGUCCUGUUUGGGUCUGCCGUGGCUCACGGCUGCGUGGCUCUGAUCACCAGAUUAAUUUCUGACCGUUCCAAAGUGCCAUCUCUGGAGCUGAUUUUCAUCCGCUCGGUGCUGCAGGUGCUGUCCCUCACUGCUGUGUGCUACCACCACGAGCCUCCCUUCGGCCCCAAAGGCUACAGGCUCCGGCUGUUCCUCUAUGGGGUCUGCAAUGUCAUCUCCAUCACCUGUGCCUACACCUCCUUCUCCAUAGUGUCCCCCAGCAAUGGGACCAUCAUGUGGAGGGCCACCACCACGGUGUUCAGUGCCAUUCUGGCUUUUUUACUCAUCGAUGAAGGAAUGGCUUACAUAGACAUAGUCACUGUCAUUGGCAGCGUGUUCGGCGUUUGUCUGGUCAUGAUCCCCAACAUUGUUAAGGAGGAGAACUCUGUGCUGAGCACCUGGAAGGAAGCUUUUGGCUAUACCAUGACUGUCAUGGCUGGUCUGACCACUGCCCUCUCCAUGAUAGUCUACAGGUCCAUCAAAGACAACAUCAGCAUGUGGACAGCGCUGUUCACUUUCAGCUGGACAGGAACAGUGUGGGGAGCAUCCACCAUGUUCCUGCUCCAAGAGCCAAUUGUCCCACUGGAUGGGGAAACCUGGAGCUACCUCCUUGCCAUCUGCCUGUGCUCCACUGCAGCCUUCCUGGGGGUCUACUAUGCCCUGGGCAAGUUUCACCCCACUCUGGUGAGCACCGUGCAGCACCUGGAGAUCGUCAUUGCCAUGGUCCUGCAGCUUCUUGUGCUGCACAGCUUCCCAGGCACUUGUGAUCUGGUCGGGGCAGUGCUUAUUUUGGUGAGUGUUUUUUUCCUUGCCUAUUAUAAGCUCUCCUGGAAGGAAUUAAGAAGGCAAGAUUAUCAGGAGAUUGUGGAUUUGUCCAUUAAAUGAAUGUCAGUUUUCAAUGUCUGACUCUGGCUGUGACCACGUGGAAGUGACUCCUUUCAACUCCUGUGUCUGAGUGUAGUGGCCAGGCCCUCUCUCGACCAUUUCUCUUCUCAGCUGAUGUAGCAAAGUUGGCAUUUCCAGUCUCCUGUGCCAGGUGGGUUUGUUCUGCUGCACACAACCAUUCUGUCAUACCCAAAAGAGCAGCACGCAGGGUGCAGAGCCAGCACAGGCUGGCCCACUGAAAUGCAGGCCAAGCUCUUCUUGACCUUCUCUGGAUAAAGCAAUACAGAGGGACUCAAAAGUGACUCUCACUCAUGUAUGCUGUGGUACUAAGAAGAUCAGCAGCAAAACCAUUAAAACAGUCAACCCAACUUGUCAUUUCCUCUAUACUGCUUCUUAAGCUUUGGCUGUCAUAUUCUAAAUGGAGCAAUGCUAAAUUUCUGUGGCUAAAACUUGCAUUUCCUGUGCGUAUAAAGAAGUCAGUAAAGCUUUUUGUGCUUUGUGGCUAAAUUUAUGGCUGAAGCAACACAGGAAGCCCAGAUGUCCUGUGGGGGAAAGUGAGCCCCAAAAGCUGAAUCUCCAGUGGUAUCACAGCUGUGACAGGUCCCCAGGAGCAGUAAGGUCCAGGGCAGAUUAAAGAUCUAACAGACCAAACUCCCUUCUAUGGAACCAUUUUUUCUAAAGGAGGUUUUGACUAUUAUCAAAAGGGAGGGGGGAAAUGGAGAAAUAGAAGAAUGCAUUUGAGAUUGAGGUGUGAGCAGCAUGGUAAUACUGACCAGCCUGGCAAGAUCAGUGACUGUCAGUCAGGGUGCUUGGGUCCUAAACUCCUAGUAAGACAUCAGAUUCACCAAGAGCCCCAGGGCUUUAUGAGCCUAAAUAGUAUUCUUGGCCAUUCUAAUGUGUGGCUGUAAAGAGAAAGGCCAGCAUUUGUGUCCAUGGGCUCUGUGCCAACCAGGCCCUGCAGGCACCUCCCACUC